GGCCGCCGCGCCUGAGAGUCCAAAAUGACCACAGCGGCCAGACCUACUUUUGAGCCUGCCCGCGGAGGAAGAGGUAAAGGAGAAGGAGAUCUGAGUCAGCUCUCCAAGCAGUACUCAAGCAGAGAUCUUCCUUCGCACACGAAAAUCAAAUACAGGCAGACCACUCAGGAUGCCCCCGAAGAGGUGCGAAACCGCGACUUCAGAAGGGAACUGGAAGAGCGAGAGCGAGUUGCCGCAAGAGAGAAGACUAGGGAUCGGCCAACCCGAGAGCACACCACCUCAUCGGUAUCCAAGAAGCCUCGGUUAGACCAAAUUCCCGCAGCAAACCUGGACGCAGAUGAUCCCCUGACAGAUGAGGACGACGAAGACGAGGACCUGGAUGAGGAGAGCGACGACGACGACACGGCAGCCCUUCUGGCGGAACUGGAGAAGAUCAAGAAGGAGCGAGCCGAGGAGCAGGCCCGGAAGGAGCAAGAGCAGAAGGCUGAAGAGGAGCGGAUAAGGAUGGAGAAUAUUCUCAGCGGAAAUCCUCUCCUGAAUCUCACCGGCCCGGCUCAACCUCAGGCGAAUUUCAAAGUGAAGAGAAGAUGGGAUGAUGACGUCGUUUUUAAGAACUGCGCUAAAGGGGUCGAUGAGUUGAAAAAGGACAAAAGAUUUGUCAAUGACACCCUGAGAUCGGAAUUUCACAAAAAGUUCAUGGAGAAAUAUAUUAAGUAGUACAGUUUUAUGUGCUUAAUUGGGGAAACCCACAAAGACUCAAAGGGGCCGCCUGCCUUCAUUUUAGUUUCGUUUGGUUUUCGUUUUCUGUCCGCCCCGCCCCUCCAACCUUCUGUUGAACAGCCUUACGGGAAGAGGGCUCAGCGGGCCUGGGAGCAGGUGUGACCCAUCGUCCUUCAAAGCAUCCUAUUGUCACCUCAGUCAAGCCAGCUUGCGUCCUGUGAAUCUUUCCCGCCACUCCACCCUCUUCUCUCCCUCACCGUGGUGUAAGUGUUGGAGGAGAGAACCUCGUUCACAAUAAAUAUUUUCAUUGCCCAAU